CUUUGACAGUGACAUUAAUAAAAUUCGGCAUAUUAUGCAUGAGUUCGGGUAUCUUUAUUUUAUGUUUAUCGCUACAUAACUAAUUAUUUUCAAAUACCAUCAAUAUCGGCUGCAAUGAGCGAUUCAGACGACGACAACUUAGUACGAUACGGUACGCAGUUGGAGCCCUACGAAGAAGAUGAAGUGCCAUCGAAGCGCAAGUUCCAACAGGCUCCGGACCAGUAUGCAGUGGACGAGCACGGGCGGAGACGGUUCCACGGGGCCUUCACCGGGGGCUUCUCGGCCGGCUUUGGGAACACUGUGGGCUCUCAGGAGGGAUGGACCCCGAGUAGCUUUAAAAGCUCCCGUUCGGAGAAGGCUAUGUUUUCUAAUCAACGGCCCGAAGAUUUCAUGGACGAAGAAGACCGCGGCGAGUUCGGCAUCGCCCCGCGCCACAUGGGCACACACAGCGAGUUCUCCGGACACAAGCGGCGCCGCGCUCACUACCACGACGGACCUAUACCUGGUGAGCCAGUACUCCAGCAACUGGUCAGGGCAGUUCACGAGACGGCCGCAGUGCGCAUGCUCCGCGCUAUGGGCUGGCGAGAGGGCCAGGGGACUGGCGAGAGACUGAGCAAGAGGGACAAGGCCAAAGCGAGGGACCAACACAAGGUCUACGGCUGUUAUAUACCGCCGGAUAUGAGACAGAACACAGACCAACAAGACGAAGAAUCACAAUCAAGUUCAGACUCCGAAUUUGAUUUCGACACUCUCUUCGCGCCAGACGACUAUGAGCCUUAUAUCUUACACCGCAAGAACGAUCGCUUCGGGCUCGGCUACUCGGGGCUCAGUCGACAUUCCGUGCUUGGGAACUUAGUGGGAGAGUAUGGAAGUGAGGCAGGAUCUUCUAGAAGUCAUUUGGUUAUGAAGGAUAAGGGGAAACGGGUAUCAAUCCGCGGCCAAGCGUUCGGCGUGGGCGCGUUCGAGGCUGAUGAUGAAGACAUAUACGGCACUGAAGACAUGUCACAUUACGACUUCGCUAUCGGAGGACCUGAUAAAGAUAGUACCAAGAAGAAGAGUGUGCAGGAUAAGAGUGGUCAUGUACUACAAGGUUUCGUGAAAGCUUCCAAGCCGUUACCCCCCGUACCUUCAUACCCUGCGCCGGCGCUGCCGCGAGACUACGUGCCCGCGGUAGCCGGCGCGAGAAGGUCCAGGUUCGAACCCACCUCGCACCAGCCUAGGGAUCAAGGACUAGGCCGCCACGAAUUAUCAGCAAAAGCCCGCGGCGAGUUACUCGGAGAAACACCCUUACCCACACCAACAAACACAGAACCUAUACAUACACCUUCACCCACACCCACACAGCCAAACGACGCGAUAACUAAACUCCUUGGACGAAACGUCAACUUUGUCACGUACACAGAUGAUAAACCACUAGACUACAUACCUAUUAAAGACUCUGGUAAAGACAUAGUAAAAGUUUUCAAGCCUUUUGCUGGCAACCCUGAGAAACAGAGAAGGUAUGAAGAAUAUGUGAAGAAUAAUGGCGUGGUGGGAGGAGGAGGGGAGAUGGAUAAGCUGCAGGAGUGGGAGAGAGAGAGGGAGUUGGUCGAGUUUGAGCAGGCGGCUAAGUUGUAUAAGCCUUUGAGCGGGAUUAUGGGGGAUAGAUUCACUCACGCAGCAGAGCCCGACGAAGCUCUAAAUCCCUUAUGUGCCGUGGCCAAGAGUUCUGCAAACCACGGCUUGGCCACCAAAGAACAGAUAGAGGCAGCUAAGCAAGGAGUAUACGGCCUCAUGACUCGCCAAGAGACGACUUGGCGACCUGAGUCUCUUGUGGCCAAGAGGUUCAAUGUGCCUGAGAUAGGUGGCGCUAGACCCGACCAGAAAAAGGAAGACCGUCCAAAGGUGUCGUACUCAAUAUUCUCAUACUUAGAGUCUUCAGUUCACGACAAGGACAGUUUCGCCAAAGAGCAGACCAAGUUCAGUGGCUCCAAAUCUUUGACCACCAGCAUUCUACCUAAAAACGACCCACCAGCUCAAAAAACUGAUCAGGUAAAUAAACAAACGGACCAAAAUACUGACCAAAGUAAAGGUUUGAAUAAACAAAGUGAUCAAACCCCAGGAUUCAGUAAAAGAAUGACAGUAGCAGAAUUGUUUUUAAAAGAAUCAGAAAAGACCAAAGAUCAAGGCGCAGAAGUGACAGAUACAAUAAAUCAAUUCGAUAAAAUGGACCUUUAUAAGUCUAUUUUCCUUAGCGAUAGUGAAGAGGAAAUUGAUAAUGAAGAUAAAAGUAAAAAUAAUGAAGCCAGUGACUUCAUAGAUAAGCCUAAAAACGUUGAAAGAAAUACGUCGCCGCCGCGCGGGAUUUUUGCUAAUAUAGACUUUGAUGAACUUAAUUCGUGGCGAAGAAAAGACGAUGUAACUAAACCUAAAGAAGAUUCGAGCAAAAAGGUUGAAAAUAUUUCUAAUAAAGUUGAAAAUACACAGUCUAAAGAUGAUGAAGCAAUGUACGGACCAAAAAUACCCGAAAAUCUACAAAAGAGGUUACAAUCUGAAACACAAAAUAAUGCAAAAGAAACUAUUGAUAUAAAUUCGUCAUCAAGUGAAGAUUCGUGGGUAGACAUCAAUGAAGUUAGUACUAAGAAACAUAAAAAGAAGAAAUCUAAAAAACACAAAUCUAAACAUAAGAAAAAGUCUAAAAGUAAGAAAAAGGAUAGAUAACCUAUCUCGAACUAUGGAGGUUGAGAUAUGAAAUAGUUUUAUAGGCUUAAGAUAAUUUGGCGGCUAAGCUGAUGAAAAUAGAUUUAAACAUCAAAAGAAUUAGCUUAGUGAAUGCUCAAGAAUUAUUGUUCACAACUUCACUUUUAUAAUAAGUGUAUUUAUUACUUUUAAUAAACGGGAAUAGCUCAAUUUAUUUCCUAGUGAAAUAAUAUUUUCUACGAAGUUGCCAUGAUAAAUCCCGAAUGUAUAUGUAUACUCUUAUUGCCACAUUAAAUCAACUUGUACAUAAAAAGUUUUGACUAUACUUCAAAAUAACUCAACUUUACAUUGUACAUACCAACUGAUCUUAUAAACUGAUUACAUCCGU